AUGGAAAACCUAACAAACACAACGAGUUGGCCGCCAGCGGCCGCCACGGAUAUUUAUAUGUAUAUUGAACUUGCGCUUGGCAUAAUAGGAACUGUUGGAAACGGACUAGUUAUCGUCGUUGUUCUCAGUACACCACAAAUGAAAACUCUUACCAAUUACUUUAUCAUUAAUUUGGCGGUGGCCGAUCUCAUGACCUCGAUGUUACUCAUCUGUAAUCGUUUUCUGCUCAAGAUAGGAGAUUUCCCGGUGCCGGGAGGCGUGUCGGGGGAACUUUACUGUCGCCUUUACUUCAGCGCUCAGUUUUUCUGGUUCACCAUCAAUGCAUCUUCGUAUAAUCUAGUGCUGGUUACCAUGGAGCGAUACUUUGCAAUUGUUCACCCGUUAUCCUACGAUAAAUACUUUUCCAAGCGCAGUACGGCUGUAUUCAUCGCGUGCACCUGGUGUUUUGUUUUCGUUCUACAGUUCUUCACGGUCGCGUUUCAUGGCUACGACGAGGAGAUCGGCUGUCAUCUUUCUGUCUACCCGAACGCUGCAUCUGCCAUGGCUAUCGGCGUCAUGUACUUUGUUUUGUCUUACUUCGUACCUUUGAACGUUAUGAUAUGCGCUUACUACAAAAUUGUAUCCUGCCUCAAACUGAGCGCUUCUAGUCUCGUAUCCAGUAACCGAGGCGACGAUCGCGCCCAUACCCUACUAGUUGCCAGGAAACGCGUGAUACGGAUGCUUCUCUUGGUGUUGCUCGCGUACGGAAUAUGUUGGACACCGGACAGUUUGUUAUUUCUUUGCUAUAACCUGGGAGUCGAAAUUAACUUAGGUGCCACUUUCGUUCAGAUAAUCGUUGUCUUGAAGUUUGCUAAUUCCAUAUUGAACCCGUUCAUAUACGUCUUUAAAUACAAACAGUUUCGACAGAGUCUACUGAAAGGAUUCUGUAGUUAUAUGCCAUGUGUCCGUAAUAAGAUUGAAGACCAUUCAACUAUAGUUAACACGGUGCACACUAACGUGAACAACUAA